CAGGAACUCGUCGUUCAAGAGCUCCAUGGGUGUGCAUCACUUUUCCAGAAGCAGAUUACCUCAUAGUCAAUCAAGCUUAGGAAACCUUAGCUGCCACUACACAGGUCAUUACAAAAAUCCGUCGGCGCAUCGACGUACAACUCUCCCCACUACGGGGAAAAGGUUUUAUCCGGUUUUUUAAAAGGCGACCUCUGGCGUAGUACCGUCCCCGCAGAGGAACGACCUUGGAUUGGCGAAAAUGACACAGUGCGCGCCGUAGUUUGCGAAGCGAAGCUUCGGUAAGACCCGCCAUUAGACAUCGUGACUAAACGUGACAUCUAGCCUAGGCCCGACCACUCUUUGCCUAAGCCAAAACGCCCCCCUGCACCAAAAACUCCGACGAGGAGGGCGCGGAUAGCGAGGAGAGGGGAACGGAUGGCGAGGAGAGGGGGAAGGGAUGGCGAGGAGAGGGGGAAGGGAAGGCGAGAGGGGGAACGGAUGGCAAGGAGAGGGGGAACGGAGUCUCGUGAGGAUGACCCGAGUGGAUGAGGGGUAAUCGAGCGCGAGGAGAGGAGAGGGUGUGGAACGGAUGGGAGGCCCGGGAGUUGGAUGCGAGGACUUUUGCUCUACCUCUCUCUCCUCUCCCAUCCUUUCCUCCAUCCUCCCUCCCCUCUCUCUCUUCCCUGUCAAGCCUUUCCCCUACCCUCUACCCUUUGCCAUGUCAUGUCACCUUCGCUCCCAUGCCCUCGCCAGUUUUGUCAUCCGUAUUUCCUGUCUCUCAACCACUUUUCCCUUCCUCCCCCUGUCAUCACGUCUCUCUCCCCUGCUGACUCCCCUCCCCUCCCGCCGCCAAACCUCCAUACACCCCUGAACCUGCACACCACUCCCCUUAUCCACGCCUCGCUUCUCCACCCCGCCCCGCGCCUGUGUGUCUCCCUUUUGGACUUGACUCAACAGCUGUCCCCCUCCCCUGCUGCAAUCAUGACACCUGGCAUUCAUCCCGCCCCUGCUGUGGCAACAGCUGCAGUGCUUGCAAACAGCAUUUCAGAAGCAGAGAAGGGCAUUCUCGGGCGGGACCAAGGGCCGAAAAAUGCAGAGGUGGGGGAUCAGAGUGGGAGGGGGGGAAGGGGACGGGGGGGCACGCAUGGGGAAGCAAGUAUCUGGAGCGGCCAGAGUGUGCAAGCCGGAGGUGGUGUGACAGGCAUGGAGACACACAUGGUUGGUUUGGCAAUGGCAGCUGAAGCCAAAGGCUAUGCCAGCGCCAAUGCUGCAAUAAUAUCUGCUGCCACCAGUGCUAUACUUCUGCAAUAAACCGCCACCUUGUUUCUCUCUAAGGAAGCCAGAGAGGUGCAAAAUGCAUUUUGCAUAUUAGUCCAUUGUGAUGAUGAUGUUAUUUAAUAAUGAUUUUCCUAUACA